UAAAAAUGCAAAAAAAAAAGGUUCUAGUUCUGCAUCAAAAUCUCAAAAGUCUGUUGAGGACAACAGCAAACAACAGGGAAAGUUUGUGGAAUUACCAGGAGCUGAAAUGGGAAAAGUUGUCGUUAGGUUUCCCCCAGAAGCAAGCGGGUAUUUGCAUAUUGGACAUGCUAAAGCUGCUCUAUUAAAUCAACACUAUCAAUUAGCUUUUAAUGGCCGUCUCAUAAUGCGUUUUGAUGAUACAAAUCCAGCAAAGGAAAAGGAAGAUUUUGAGAAGGUUAUAUUAGAAGACGUUGAUAUGUUGAAAAUUAAACCCGAUACUUUUACAUAUACUUCUGAUCAUUUUGAUAAAAUGUUAGAUAUAUGUGAGAAUGGAAUGUUAAAAGAAGGCUUAGCUUAUGUGGAUGACACAGAUGGAGAUAAAAUACGUUUGGAACGUGAACAAAGGGUAGAUUCAAUAAAUCGAAACAACUCAAUCGAGAAGAACCUAGAAUUGUGGAAACAAAUGGUUUUAGGUACAGAAAUUGGUCAAAAGUGUUGUGUUCGGGCUAAAAUUGAUAUGCAAUCAGCAAAUGGAUGUUUGCGAGAUCCAACAAUAUAUCGUUGCAAACCUGAACACAAUCCUAGAACUGGUGACAAGUAUAAGGUAUAUCCAACUUAUGACUUUGCUUGUCCUAUUGUGGAUAGUAUUGAAGGUGUUACUCAUUGUUUACGUACCACAGAGUAUACUGAUCGUGAUGCACAAUAUUAUUGGUUUUGUGAUGCAUUGAAGCUUGGUACUCGCAGCAAUGAAACCAGACCUUAUGUAUGGUCGUAUUCAAGAUUAAAUAUGACUAAUACGGUUUUGUCGAAAAGAAAGUUAACUUGGUUUGUUGAACAAGGCCAUGUAGAUGGAUGGGAUGAUCCACGCAUGCCGACUGUCCGUGGUGUUUUCAGGAGAGGAAUGCAGGUGGAAGCAUUGAAACAAUUCAUAGUGGCCCAAGGUUCUUCCAGAACUGUUACAGCUAUGCAAUGGGAUAAAAUUUGGUCAUUGAACCGUAGUAUUGUUGAUUCAAUAGCACCAAGGCAUACAGCUUUGUUAUUAUCUAAUUCAAAUAAAGAAAAUAAAGUAUUAUCUUAUCCACCAGUUGAAGUUGUGGUAGAGAAUGUAAAAAAACCAUAUAAAAUUGACAAUGUCCCUAAACAUCCUAAAAAUUCUCAAUUAGGAUUAAAGAAUUGUGUCUGGGCUGCACCUAAAAUUCUUAUAGAUUAUAGUGAUGCAGAGUUAUUAGAAGCUGGACGUCGAGCAACAUUUAUUAACUGGGGCAAUCUUAUGAUAAAUCGCGUAGAAAGGAACCAAAAUAAUAAAAUAGAGAGAAUUCAUGCAGUGUCUGACCUUGAAAACACAGAUUUUAAAUCUACAGUGAAAGUUACGUGGCUGCCAAAAACUGAUUAUUCAGAAUCUGACGAAGUUUUACCUAUUUUGGUACCAGUUGUUUGUGUUUAUUUUGAUCAUUUAAUAAGUAAAGCAGUAUUAGCCAAGGAUGAUGAUUUCAAGCAAUACUUAAAUAUAGAAAAUAGUCGUUGGGAAUUGCAAAUGUUAGGUGAUUCAGAAUUGAAAGAUUUAAAGAAAGGAGAUGUGAUUCAGUUACAACGCAGAGGUUAUUUCAUAUGUGAUUCAACGUAUCAGCCAUAUAGCAUACACACGGGGAAAGAAACACCAUUAGUGUUGUUUAACAUUCCUGAUGGUCACACAAAAUCAGUUAUUCCAAUAACUACCGUUCCUUUACCAACCGCCACCAACAAGAAAAAUACAAACAAGAAUGUCGACACUGUAAUCAGUCAGAUAAAUGAUCAAGCUAAUAAAGUACAUGUUAUGAAGGCUGACUUAGGAGAUGCUGAGAAAGUCUUACUUGCAUUAAAAGCAGAAUAUAAGAAUUGUACAGGGACUGACUUUCCUGCUAGUGGAAUUCCCACACCAGGGAUAGUUAGUAACUCUACUUCUGAACAAAGUAAUCCUUCUACAGAUGUAAUUGUCUUAAAAAUUAACGAACAAGGAGAUAAAGUCCGAUCAAUGAAAAAUAGUAAAGCUUCCAAAGCGGACAUUGGAGAAGCUGUGAAAGUUCUUCUGGCAUUGAAAGCAGAAUAUAAAAAAGUUGCUGGAGUUGAUUUUCCAGCUGGUGGUAUUCCUAGUCCACAGCAGGCGAACAAACCUAGCUCUGAAAUAAGUAAAUCUCCAGUUGAUGAUAUUGUAUUAAAAAUUAAUGAACAAGGAGAUAAAGUGCGAUCGAUGAAGAGCAAUAAAGCUUCUAAAACGGACAUUGGAGAAGCUGUGAAAGUUCUUCUGGCAUUGAAAGCAGAAUAUAAAAGUGUUGCUGGAGUUGAUUUUCCUGCUGGUGGUAUUCCUACUCCACAGCAGGCAAACAAACCUAGCUCUGAAUUAGGUAAAUCUCCAGGUGAUGUAAUAGUUACUAAAAUAAAUGAACAAAAAGAUCCAACACGGUCGGUGAAAAACAGUAAUGCUUCAAAAGAUAAAAAAUCGAAGGGAAAAGAGAAUGUUGCUGUGACCAAUAAUAAAUCAUCAGAUAGCACGAAUACCAAAAAAGUAACAAAAUUAGGGUUGGAAGUACUAAAGGUAUCGGAAAAUCUUGGAGAAUGGUAUUCUCAAGUGUUGGUUAAAGGUGAAAUGAUUGAAUAUUAUGAUGUAAGUGGAUGUUACGUGCUCAGGCCUUGGGCUUACAGAAUAUGGGAAUUAAUACAAGAAUGGUUCGAUGCACGGAUUAAAAAAAACCCUCUGAAUGUGCGAAAUUGUUACUUCCCAAUGUUUGUAUCACAAGGAGCAUUAGAAAGAGAAAAAAAACACAUUGCAGAUUUUGCACCAGAGGUAGCUUGGGUUACCAAAUCUGGUGAAACUGAUUUAGCUGAACCUAUUGCCAUAAGACCAACCAGUGAAACUGGUAUGUAUCCAGCUUUUGCAAAAUGGAUUCAAUCUUACAGGGACUUGCCAUUGAAACUCAAUCAAUGAAACAGCGUUGUGAGGUGGGAAUUUAAACACCCUCAACCUUUCUUGAGAACUAGAGAGUUUUUGUGGCAAGAAGGUCAUAAUGCGUAUGCAACUAGAGAAGAAGCAGAACGUGACGUAUUAAUAACAUUAGGUUAUUAUGAGUAUGUGUACAAAAAUAUAUUGGCAGUACCAGUAAUAAAAGGUAAAAAAACUGAAAAAGAAAAGUUUGCUGGAGGAGAGUUUACUACAACUUGUGAAGCAUAUGUAGCAUCUAGCGGUCGAGCAAUUCAAGGUGCAACCUCACAUUAUCUGGGUACCAAUUUUGCCAAAAUGUUUGAUGUUCAUUUUGAACAUCCAGACACACAUGAGAAAACAUUUGUUCAUCAGAUUUCAUUUGGAAUGACAACUAGGACUAUUGGUGUUAUGGUAAUGGUUCAUGGCGACAACCGUGGGCUUGUUUUGCCUCCACGCAUAGCAUCUAUUCAAGUAAUUAUAGUACCGUGUGGUGUAGGUGUUAGUACAGCAAACGAAGUCAAAGAAAAUUUGACUAAAACUUGUUUAGAUGUAUGCAACAGAUUAAAAGGAGAUAGUGUGAUAGAAAAUGAUGAUGAAAUCGACAAUAGCAUUAUCCAACAUCGCAAUUCUUCCUCAAUGAUAAGAGCGGAUACUGACUUACGAGAUAAUUAUUCACCUGGAUGGAAGUUUAACCACUGGGAGUUGAAAGGGGUUCCAUUGAGGUUAGAAAUUGGACCAAAAGAUUUGGAUCGUAACCAAAUGGUAGCUGUGCGGCGAGAUAAUGGAGAGAAACUAACUAUUCCCUUAGAGGGACGUACAAAAGAUGAUGGUGGAAACGAUAAGAUGGUUGUAAGAAUAACAGAGUUAUUAAAUCAAAUACAGCAAGAUAUGUACCUCAAAGCAGAACAGGAAAUGAAAGAAAAUGUUGUGAUAUGUCGUAAAUGGUCUGAGUGUGCUCCACAUUUAGCAGCAAAACGUUUAUUAUUGAUACCGUUUUGUGGACGACCCAUUUGCGAGGAUAAUAUCAAACGGGAUACCACAUUGGAUGAUGGUACUGCAGAAGUUGGAGCUUCAACAAUGGGAGCCAAGUCGUUAUGUGUGCCAUUUGAACAGCCUACGGGAGCAGAAAUAUUAAAAUCUAAUGAUCAGUGUUUACAUCCAGAAUGUGGGCAGUUGGCUGGGUCUUUCACCUUAUUUGGCCGCAGUUAUUAAAUUAUGAUGUUCACUAUAUAUAAAACUGAUUUUUGUGUGAAAAUUACAAAACUUAUGUUCAUGAUUAAAUACAUACCAUAAUUUGUAAU